AUGUUGGUGAUCGCGUUCUGGGAAGAGUACCUGGAACGCGAGUAUCUCGCAAACUUUACGCACUCCCAUAUUGUACUUCUUCGGCCGGCCAUGUCAUUCAUGCUCAUGCAAACACCUGAUCCUCGGACGAUAAAGGAUGCUCUCCCCGACUUCAGCAACGUGUCACACAUAUUCCUCCCCAUCAACGACAAUCAUUCGGUCACUGUGGCUGAGGGUGGAACACAUUGGUCAUUGCUUCUCGUCUCGAUCGUCGAUGGAGUGGCCUUCCACUACGAUUCCAUGCCUCCAGGCAAUCAACAGGAAGCCGCCUACGUCACGAGGAAGCUUGCCACAUUAAUCAACAAACCCCUGCGAUUUAUCCAAUUGACCGAUAGUCCCCUCCAGGACAACUCAUCUGACUGCGGAGUAUUCGUCUGCCUGAACAUGAGACAUCUGCUGCUCAAAAGAUUGUUGAUGGUGAGGACAGAUGCCAAAGUUAGUAUGAGCCUUGGGGGAAGAACGGUGGAUGCAGCUGCAGGGAGAAAGGAAAUGCUACGAAUCAUCGACGAUUUCAGACGGGAAGGUGAGAAGAGAAGAUCGUAA